AUGGCAUUUUUCAGAUUCUUCUUUGCAGUCACAACUUUGGUUUUGCUUCAUCUCGCAUCAAUCGCUUUUGCCUCUUCCCAUGGCUCAAAACAGCUCGGCGACCAAUGCUCAUCCGACGAAGAGUGCAGCGUUGGACUUGGUUGUUUUAAAUGCGGCAUCGAUGCUGCAAGAUGCGUAAGAUCAAACAUCACAGAUCAAUUCUCCCUUGUGAACAAUUCCAUGCCGUUUAACAAAUAUGCAUUUUUGACGACCCACAAUUCAUAUGCCAUUGAAGGAAAACCGCUUCAUGUGGCGACCCAAGAAGAUAGUAUAACCGAACAACUCAAUAGUGGUGUUCGAGCAUUGAUGUUGGAUACAUACGACUACGAAGGAGACGUAUGGUUGUGCCAUUCGUUUCACGAGCAAUGCUUUGAAUUCACUAAGUUUAAUCGGGCAAUAGACACGUUCGAGGAGGUAUUCGCCUUCUUGACAGCAAAUCCAUCAGAGAUCGUGACAAUAUUUCUCGAGGAUUACGUCAAAUCGCCAAACGCGUUAACCAAAGUUUUUACCGACUCUGGUUUGAAGAAAUUCUGGUUUCCGGUUGAAGACAUGCCUAAGGGUGGCCAAGAUUGGCCAUUGGUUAAGGAUAUGGUUGCAAAUAACCACCGGCUAGUCGUCUUCACUUCAGAUAAAUCCAAGCAAGAAACCGAAGGAAUAGCUUACCAGUGGAACUACGUACUUGAAAACCAAUAUGGGGACGAUGGAGUUAAGCCUUCGGAAUGUAGCAAUAGGGGAGAAUCUGCACAGCUAACCGAUAAAACCAAAGCUUUGGUUUUGAUAAAUCAUUUCAGUACAAUUCCGGUUAAGCUCAUGAGUUGUGAGGAGAACUCUCAACAUCUCAUCGAUACGAUUAAGACAUGUUACGUAGCCGCUGGGGACCGAUGGGCGAAUUUUGUCGCUGUCGACUUUUACAAGAGGAGUAGUGGAGGAGGAACAUUUCAAGCAGUGGAUAAACUAAAUGGAGAGCUUCUGUGUGGACGUGAUGAUGUUCAUGAUUGUCAUCAUUAACAAG